CAGGCAGGUUUAGGUUAUGGUGAGAAAUGUGACGUACGCGCGACAGGGCGAAUCGCUGACGGAUACAAACAGCGCGUGAUGCGACAUGCGACUCUCGAAAUGAAUGGAGAGACACCGACGUGGAUGUGCACGUUCGAGUUGCGUGACUUUUUUCGGCGUACCGGCACGUGGAGGAAAGGACAUCUCGGACGAGGCGAUCGUUCGCUCGAUCCUCUCUCAUGAUCCACGAUCUCAACGUGUCUUCGUUCUGUUCGGCGAUAACUUCAUUAGCGCUCUAAUAUCGACGAUACAACUGAACCUACUAGAAAACGGGUUCAGUGCGUGACGUUCCUGAAACCUUGCGAUUCAUCACAUAAAUUAGAAAUCCAAAGGCUAAUAAGAAAAAGAACUUUGUUCGCGGCGUGUCGCUGCUUUCAUAACUUCUGCGUGGUUCUAUAAUCAUUCGGUUUGUUAUUUUUAUGGGCGGAUGAGAUAAGAAUGAUUUGGAAAGUUCUGCCGACCUUGCAAAUAGUUUGUUACCGAUCGACACGUACGUUUUGAUUUUUAUGGGAUUGCGUCCUUAAUUCUUUUUUUUUGUACCUUGAUAUGUCUAUGCUGGAAGCUAACGUUUGACACUCGAUCCUCAAUACGAAAAAUGGUAGAGAAGAUUCCACUACGAAAGACCAUCGCUCGACUGGACUUCCCAGCGAUCAUAGCCUUUGGCAAUCCUCUGCUAGAUACCCUUGUGAUACUGAAGAACGAUGAGAUGAUUAAGAAGUAUAAUCUCAAGAUAGACGGCGAGACAGAGUUGUGUGAGAAGAAGCUACAAGAGUUGAUCGCGGAUUUGCCACCAGAGCUAGAACAAUAUACAAAUCCCGGAGGAUCUGCGCUGAAUACAUUGAGAAUCUUACAGUGGCUCUAUGACGAGACUCAUGAAUCCCAAAUUAAUAUUUUCUGUGGUAGUCUCGGGACCGAUCAAAGAGGUUCGAUCUUAGAAAAAUUAGUUCGACAUGCAGGAGUGGAUGCGAGGUACGCCAUACAUCCAACUUUGCCUACUGGAUUAUGCGUUUCUCUCGUGUACAAUACGUCUCGCAGCCUUGUCGCUAAUCUUGGCGCGGCUAGUGUAUAUACAUUGGAUGAUUUGAAACAGGCCAAUCUGCAAUUAGAUAGCAUGAAAAUAAUUUACAUUGAAGGGUUCUUUGUGACACAUAGUUUAGAUGUGGCCAAGGAAUUGGUCAAGCGGGCGCAAGAGAAGAAUAUUAUUGUAGCCUUCAAUCUUAAUUCUUUCUAUAUAUUCCAGGAUCAUCAAGCGGCCAUUUGCGAAAUGGUCGGCCACGCUAAAAUUGUAUUCGGUAAUACGAGGGAAAUGAUCGCGCUAGCUCAGGCGUUGAACGUCAAGUACGAUGACGUUGCUGAUAUACCUUUUCUACUGAACAGCUUGAAAAGGAUCACAAUGGACGUUUCUAGCACUAACAGUAAGGAUUGGCUGGCCGACGACGGUAUAUUCAUUAUGACGCGGGGCGGAUGCGCGCCGUCGAUAAUUGUAUGGGGCAGGGGACAAUCCGUACAGGUGCAGCCUGUCGUGCCUAAGACACCUAUCGUGGACACAACGGGUGCUGGUGACGCUCUGGCGGCUGGCUUUCUGGCCGGUGUCCUGGCUCACUGGGAUCCAAAGAGUUGCCUAGAAUUGGGAUGCAAGGUUGCGUCCUACAUGAUAACCAGGCCCGGUGUUACUGUGCCGAGCGGUGUGCCCCCUGAUUUUCUACCAUAACGAUUCGAUCUCCCUAGAAUGCUAAUGACUAAUCGUUACCUGAUAACGCAUAAUUGCAAAGUUAUUUAUUGCCUGAAAGUUCUAUUAGCGAAUUGUCGAUUGUUAGAGUGGUAACUACCAUUCCUCGAUAUUAUGUCCAUAUUUUGUUAGAUAUUUAUUUAAUUUUAUUUAUAACAGUAUUGCAUUGCAAAGUGAUAUAAUAUUUAAGAAAGUUUAUUUAUUUAGACUAUUAUCGCGUUAAACUCGAAUUGUCAGACUGUACAUUUUUAAAUGCAGUAUUUAUAUUGUUAAUAUUACAAAGUAACAGGGAGAGUUAUUAGAGAUUUCUUUUGAUAAUCGUUGCCACUAUAAAUCUGUAGUUUACCUGAUGUUGCAAUGUCCAGAAAUAUGUAACAGAGUUUGUAAUUAACAAUUAUAUAAGUUUCCCUUUCUAUUUUUUUAUUAUAAAGUAUAGAGAGUGAUGUGUCAAUGUUGUUAAUGUCAUAUAUGUAUAUAUAUAUUGAUACAAAUAUACAUGCUAGAAAAUGUUAUAA